UUGUUUUUGACAUACAUAACUUAUUGGUUUCUGACGCCUCCAGCGGUAAUCACAACAUCCUGCUGCAGAAAUGUAACGAUGGUUAUAAAAACUGCUGUUGCUACUGUUAUAGAUUACAUAUACCGAUCUAUCCGAUAUUCUAUAGAUACUGUUAUCUACAUCUUAAUAAUAGCGGCAACCGUAAUUACCAUGGUGCUAAAUGCAGCUCUUAGUCUUCUCAUUUUAUCGGAAGAAAUAAUCAUAGCUUACCUCAUUUUGCCUUGGACACCAACCAGUAGAAUAGGCGAUAUCUUCUAUUUCUUGAAGCGAUGGGGAUUUCCAGGAAGCAUAACUUUGACUUUGUACAUUGUCUUUGUAUUGGUAUUCGUGACAGUCAACAUCAUAGGGUUAGAAUUGCAUUACUUACAAGUGAACGAGAAUCUUCAGCUUAGUUUCGAAGAGUUUAAAAACAGCUUAAUUUCUUCUCUGAAGCUCUUUGUAGUAAUUCACAGGUUUUUGCAUGUUCUCUCCAAUGAAGCCGCGCUCCGAAGAACUUGCAGUCUUCUGAGAAAGCGUCUCAAAUUUGAGCAAAACGAAGAGCUAGACGAAAAGCAACUGGCGGAAGGCUUGGAUGAUGAUUUAGAAGUGGAGAGUUUGAAAUACGAAUUGGAAAAAGCGAAGUCAGAACUGGAAGCAAUGAGAUUAUCUUACAGCAGACUACAGGAAAGAUUAGAGAAGAAGGUAGAUUAAAUGAAGAAAUCACACUUUUUUUAAGGAAAUUCCUGUAAGGUAUUUAUUUGUGUUUAUAAACCGUGUGCUUGCAUGUGAAAUCUCGGGCAGAUGGAAGUAUUUGUAAAUACUUUAAAUAAAUUUCACCUACUCAUGCAA